UGCUCUUCUUCCUGGACGUCGGCCGCGGCUUCCUCCUCCAGCAGCGCGGCGAGCUCUUCCUCCUCAUCCGAGUCCAUCGCCGAGACGGGCAAAUCGCCGAACACCUUGCGCUCGGUGGCCGUGAACCCGCCGUUAAACCGCGCCUCCGCGGCCGGAAACUGCGACCGGAAACGCCCAGCUGUUGCGGGAGGGGCUGCCGCGGCGAAGCGCUGCUAUUUUCCGACGGGGAAUGGCUAUCUACCGGAGUCGGGCGGCGGCCGUCGCCGGGAUACAGCUAGUGGUGGCCAAGGGCGCGGGGGGUGCGAGGCGAGUCGGGGAAGAAAACCUUGACUUUUCCUCUGGCGGUGUGGGCCAGGCGUGCUUUUCCCUAGCGCCGGAGCCCCCAACGGCUCCCCAGCACGCCGGGUUCGGCCUGUGACCGCCGGGCGGAAAAAAGGUCCGAACCGGCGAUUUUCGGCGUCCUGGGGGCGCGACUGGGCCGUUUUUCCGGCGCCAGCGCCGAAAAAGUGGCCUGGAGGGGCCUGUUGGGGGCGCGGCUGGAGAUGCCCUUAGGAUGAUGACUUCCCGACUAACUAUUACAAAAAAAUUUGUCCGGCUUUAGUAAGGAAGGGGUGAUGAUGGCGGCGCCUUCAGCUCGCUUUACUGCUUGUAGUCGUCGCUAGGCGAUCUACUGAUCUAAAUGUAAUUUUUAUUAUUUCUGAUGUUCUUUAUACUACCAUGAUUGACAAUGAAUACAUAAAAAAAUUCCAAAAAGAAUCAUAUAGAGUAUAUUUUAGUGGACUUACUAAUAUUUUUAUUACUCUAUUAGUAGCGGAGAAACUAUAGACAAGUACUAGUACAACGUUUGAGGUGACGCAGAUCCGUAACCCACGGUAUUAACGAUGGGUAGGCCCAAUAGCAUUCUACUUAGAACACAACGUACAGUUGAGGAAAUAUGUUAGCAUACGCAACCUCUGCCUCCACUCCAAAAAAGUUAAGGGCUUUGUUUUAAAAAAAAGAGUUAAGGGUUCCUCUUCCUCGGGCCGGCGCCACCGCUAGUCUGCCUCAUGUUCGGUGGUCUUAGGACCAUAGGGCGUGGUGGAUCUCGGCCCUUACCGAUGGGAAGGCUUUGUUUUUAGACGUUUCCUUGAGUUUUAUUAAGGUUAAGCCCAAUCACAUUCUACUUACAAUACAAAGUACAGUUGAGGAAAUCUGUUAGCAUAUGCAGCCGUCACCUUCUCUCAAAAAAAGUUUAGGAUUUCCUCCUGACGGCGCCGGUGCCAGUCCACCUCAUCUCCAGUGGCCUUAGGGCCAGGGGGUGGUAGAUGUCUUCCCUUGCUUGCUGGUGGGAGAUCUCAGUUUUUAGAUGUUUUUUUUGAGUUUUUUAGGGUUUGUGUCCUACUCAGGAAAAGAGAUGGCGGCGGCUCUCUAAAGAUGGAAUCAUGUUCUUCCCGCCUAGCCCCCGCCCUAAUGGUGCGUCUAGCACCGUCAGAGGGCGUGUGAAGGUGUGUCUGACGGAUCACGGAGGAUUCGGUCGAUGGUUGUCUUUGGUGGAUCUACUCAGAUCCGGUCUUCAUUCGUCUAGGUUCGUGUGUCUUCAGGUUGGAUCCUCCUGAUCUAUGCAUCUCUUCAUCGGUGGCGGUUGCUGUUCUGGUGCGCUGGUCCUAUGGGGCCUUAUCACGAUGACUUCUCGGCUGUCUACUACAACAAGUUUUUUCCGACUCCGGCAAGGGAGGGGCGAUGACAGCGGCCUGCGUUCGGCUCAGUUCAGUACUUAUAGUUGUCACUAGAUGGUCUAGAGAUCUGAAUGCAAUGUUUACUAAUUCUGGUAUUCGUUAUACUGCCAUGAUUGAAGGAAAUAUGUUAGGCAUACGUGAAUUUAUAUUCAACGAUUAGAGUAGGCUGCUUUUUUUAAUGUUUGAAUGGACGAAAGAUGGAUGAUACGCUUUGAAUUAGACUAAUGACUUUAUGGAGGAUAAUAUUUUAUAUUUUAAGAAGUAUUUUUUUUCUCGUUUUGUAAUGGAAAUAUUAAAAUUCAACCGUAAGAUAUUGCCAGUUUCUAACAAGAUGACGUGGAAAAUUUGUGUGGAGGCAAUACUGUUCUGUAGGGCUUUCGAUAACACAUUUCCAAGAUGUAUUUUCUUACAAAAGCACAGAUAGAUAAUGAUCACCUUAUGCAUAACUACCAAUACUUCUAGACAACCAUAGGUGUAGAAUGUUAAAUUGCUGUCAGACAGUCCAUCUUUAGGUGUAGCUGUUCCCCCUUUUUUUUUACUAUAAAUGAGGGUAGAAAAGUUGAUUAAGAUCAUCUACCAUUGCUGUAACGGCAUAAGAAAUUUCAACCGAAAAGAAGAAGAUUAUGAAGGUAAAAGGAGAUCCUCUGGACCUGCCACUCUAUGGUGUGAGCUGCCCCGUUCCCAUCAUCCCAAUGUAGUCACCAAAAGUCACAGUCGGUGCAUUCAAGCAUGACACUAUGCAUCAAGUUUCUUUUCCAGUUCUUGUUCAUCUUUAAAUUCGACGGUAUACUUUAUUUCCAGCUGACCCAGUUUAUACGUCUGAAGACUACAGGAAGGUUCACCGAGAUGCUGUGCCGUUGCUGCAACGGCACGUCAAUUUUGAAAUUAAUGGCUGUAAUGUAAGUAAAUAGUACGUUGCUAGUGGCACCCUAAAAAAUAUACCCUGCUAGUGGUAGAUAGAUAAAGCUGGAUCAAAGCUCUGUUCUGGAUACACCUGCUUAUGCCACUUUUCAUGCCCAUGACCAGCAUGAAGCCUGUCUCCUUUUUGCUACUCAUCAAACUACUCUUUCUUGGCCUUAGUGUGGCACCCUUCAUUGCCGGCGAUGAGCAUCAGUUCAGCUUCUCCGGCUUUUCCAACACCAACCUCACCCUUGACGGUGCGGCCUCGGUCACGCCCAAUGGAUUACUUAUGCUCACCAAUGGCUCGGCCCUGAGCAUGGGCCAUGCCUUCUAUCCGAGUCCGCUGCACUUCCACAAUUUGUCCGAUGGGACUGUACAGACCUUCUGCAUCUCGUUUGUCUUCGCCAUCGUCCCCACCUACAAGGACUUGAGCAGCAAUGGCCUCACCAUGUUCAUUGCACCGAGCAAGAAUUUGCCAGCAGCGAUGCCAAUACAGUUCUUGGGUCUUCUCAACGACCAGAAUAAUGGCAAUGAAACAAACCACAUCUUCGCAAUCGAGCUAGACACCUUUCAGAACUUGGAGUUCGAGGACAUCAACGACAACCAUAUCGGUAUUGACAUCAACAGUCUCUAUUCCAUAAAAUCCCACAAUGCUGGCUUCUACCACGACGAGAGUGGCACCUUCCAGAGCUUGGGUCUCGAUAGCCAAGAGGCCAUGCAAGUGUGGGUGGACUACCACAGAGAGAAGACACAGAUCGAUGCCACCAUGGCUCCUCUCGGCAUGGUCAAACCUACAAGACCAACGGUUUCGGCCAACUACAACCUCUCAAGUGUGCUCACAGAUGUGGCAUACAUUGGCUUCUCAUCUGCACAAGGCAAGAUAAACACGAAGCACUAUGUGCUGGGUUGGAGUUUUGGCAUGAACAGUCCUGCUCCAGCUAUCAAUCUCACCAUCCUGCCAACACUACCUUCUGAUCCUCAUACCAAGUAUCGACACCGUCUCUGGCUAUUGGAGAUCAUUCUACCACUAGCAACGGCAGCACUCAUCCUGUCUGUGGCUGCCGUUGUUUCCCUACUUGUGCGGAGGCAUUUCAGGUAUGCAGAGUUACGUGAUGACUGGGAGGUCGAAUUCGGUCCACACCGCUUCUCGUACAAGGAUUUGUUCCAUGCAACAGAGGGAUUUGACGACAAAAACCUCCUAGGGGCCGGAGGAUUUGGACGAGUAUACAGAGGGGAGCUGCCAAGGUCCAAACUCAGGGUGGCUGUGAAGAGGGUGUCGCAUGACUCGAAGCAAGGCAUGAAGGAAUUCAUCGCCGAAAUUGUUAGCAUUGGCCGCCUUCAAAAUCCAAAUCUCGUACACUUACUUGGCUAUUGCAGGCGUCAAGGUGAGCUCCUGUUAGUGUAUGAGUACAUGCCCAAAGGAAGCCUCGAUAAGUACUUGUAUGGUGAAGUGAACAACUCCACAUUAAGUUGGGAUCAGAGGUUUUGGAUCAUCAGGGGCAUCGCGUCUGCACUGAUUUAUCUCCACGAGGAGUGGGAGAAAGUAGUUGUCCACCGAGACAUCAAGGCAAGCAAUGUGCUCCUUGAUGAUGAGUUGAACGCACGGUUGGGUGAUUUCGGUCUAGCAAGGCUGUAUGAUCAUGGUGUUGAGCAAGAAACUACUCGUGUUGUCGGCACCAUCGGAUACCUUGCUCCAGAGCUAGCACGGACGGCCAAGGGUACUCCUCUUACCGAUGUAUUUGCCUUUGGUGUAUUUAUUCUAGAGGUCACUUGUGGACAAAGACCUAUCAUGCAAAGCACACAAGAUGAGCUGGUCAUGUUGGUUGAUUGGGUGCUUGAGCAUGUGCAACAAGGAUCACUCGAAGAUGCAAUAGAUGUGAGGCUUAAAGGGCACUACAAUGUCGGUGAGGCAUAUUUGGCGCUGAAGCUAGGACUACUGUGCUCACAUCCGUUUGUGUGUGCAAGGCCUAGCAUGCGGCAAGUGAUCCAAUACCUAGAUGGGCAUAUUGAACCACCAGAGCUACCAGCACACCAGAGCUUCCAAGCGCUGGCCUUGAUGCAAAAUGAAGGGUUUGAUCCAUACAUCAUGUCAUAUCCUUCAUCAACGAAUGUUGGCACAAUAUCAAGCAUUUCAGGAGGAAGAUGAGCACUAUGUUUGAUGGCAUUGAUAGUGCUUACUCAUCAAUGAUGUACCCUAUAGAACAUACAGUGUCUGUAAUAAGGCUAAUAACAGUAUGUAAGGUUUGUUGCGUCAUCAACAAGAUUGAUAGGUCUGGUAGAAUGAUAAGUACCAUCUAAAUAAACAGUUUGUAAUAGGAGGCUCAACCUCAGGUGCCCAGCUAUCAACUCUGUAAUAUAAAUUUCAUAGUUUUCUGAUUU